AUGGCUACCGUCCACCGAAAGACAGGCGGGAAUAUCGACCCAGGCUCUGGCGAUCCCAACGAUAAGGCAUACUCUGAGCAUGCUGAGUUGCGCCUGGAAAAGGAGCUUGGCAGCGUGCCUGACUUUGAUAUGCCUCCUGAAGAGGAACGGCGCAUGGUGCGAAAGUGCGAUUGGCGGAUUCUCCCGAUUGUCAGCGCACUCUACGUUAUGUCGUUCUUGAACCGCGUCAACAUUGGUAACGCCCGGAUCUUUAACCUCGAGAAAUACCUUGGCCUUAGUGGGGACGACUACCAGCUCUGUGUGGCGGUUCUCUUUGCCACAUACGUAACCUUCGAGAUCCCGUCGAAUAUCUUGUUGAAAAAGCUCCAGCCUCGUCGCUUCAUCCCUGGCAUUGCAAUUGCAUGGGGCGCGGUAUCUUUGUGUACUGGAUUCGUCCAGAACAAGACGCAGAUGAUUGCGGUUCGUCUGCUGCUCGGCAUCUUCGAGGCCGGUUACUUCCCAGGCGCAGCAUUUUACCUCACUUUCUUUUACCGCAGGCGUGAGCUGGCCAUCCGCAUAUUCUAUCUAUAUGCAUCGGCCGCGUUGGCGGGUGUUAUCGGGGGACUGGUAGCUUAUGGUCUCGGGCACAUGGACGGCGUCCGAGGCUUGUCUGCAUGGCGAUGGCUAAUGAUUCUCGAAGGUCUCCCGACAAUGCUGCUUGGGAUUAUCGCGUUCUUUGUCCUGGCCAACAGUCCCUCCGAAGCGCCAUAUCUGACUGAGCGAGAGAAGUCCUUCGUCCAAAUCCGGCGGCACCUUGACGGCAGCUCACUCGGACUGGAAGGCGAAGGGAAAAUUGAUUGGCAGCAAUCCAUGUCUGCCUUUCGUGACUGGAAAGUGUGGACUUUAUCUGUUGGGCAACUAGGCGCCACCGUGGCCAUCUACGGGUACAACACCUUUCUGCCGACAAUUAUCAACGCCCUUGGCUAUAACGGGCUGCACACACAGUUGCUGACGAUUCCAUGCUACUUUGCCGGCGUCCUCUGCUUUCUGGGUACGGCUUAUCUAUCGGACCGAACGGGACGACGGGGCUACUUUGCUAUCACUGGGGGCGUGACUUGCGCAGUUGGCUACGUUAUAAUUCUGGCUUCUUUCGCGAGGGGGAACGCACCGCAGUAUGCCGGCUGUAUUAUUGUAGGAAUGGGCGUGUACACUGCUACUGGCAUUCCUCUUUCCUGGAUGCCCAGCAACUUACCCUCCCACUACAAGCGCGCUGUAGGGCAGGCAAUGGCUAUGACGCUAGCCAACGUUUCGGGAACUUUCACCCCUUUCCUUUACCGAACCCAGGAUCGGCCGCUCUACCGCUUGGGGCAUGCUGGGUCCUUAGGAUUUAUGGUGCUCACUAUUGUCAUGCAUGCUUUAACAUCUGUGUUGUUGAAACGUGAGAAUAAGAGAAGGAACCGCGGCGAGAGGAAUUAUCGCUUGGAGGGAAAGACUCCAGAGGAAAUCGCACAGCUUGGUGACGAUCAUCCUGACUACCGAUAUAUGUACUGA